GCCGACCAUUAAAAGAAUCGGGAGUAGAGGACUACUUCUGAACUGGACGUGCCAGAGAGCUACUAGACAAACAGGAAUAGGCGCAAAGGCAGACAUUCUUCAUAAUAAACAAGAACACGACAAACGAAUUACCUUGGUGUGUCCCCCCUUCCCCAUUCGCACCCGGGAUUUUGGCGUGGGUGUCUCUUUAGCUAAGUCACUUAUAUCGGACCAAUUUCUGGAUAAUCUCGCGCCUCGGACACGUUUCAUCGUUUUAAAAAAAAACAAUAAACUGAAUGUCGUUUCUGUCAUGAGUCCUGCCGGGUGUUCCCAUGUGAACGGGUUUAAGGUGGAUAACUGGAAGCAGAACCUACGAGUGAUAUAUCAGUGCUUUGUGUGGACCGGGACUGCCGAAACCAGGAAACGCAAGGCCAAGUCGUGUAUGUGUCACAUGUGUGGGGCCCACCUGAGCCGGCUCCACUCCUGCCUGCACUGUGUCUUCUUCGGCUGCUUCACCAAGAAACACAUCCACGAGCAUGCCAAGAACAAGCGCCACAACCUGGCGAUAGACUUGCUGUAUGGUGGUAUUUAUUGCUUUGUGUGCCAAGACUACAUUUAUGACAAAGACAUGGAGCAGAUUGCCAAAGAAGAACAGAGGAAGGCCUGGAAACUACAAGGCGUAGGGGAGAAGUAUUCAACAUGGGAACCGACCAAGAGAGAGCUGGAGUUACUACGACACAACCCCAAACGCAGGAAAAUAACCACAAACUGCACCAUCGGUUUGCGGGGCCUGAUAAACCUGGGGAACACCUGCUUCAUGAACUGCAUCGUCCAGGCCCUUACCCACACUCCCCUGCUGCGGGACUUCUUCCUGUCCGACCGGCACAAGUGCGAGAUGCAGUCCAACUCCUGCCUGGUGUGCGAGAUGGCCCAGCUCUUUCAGGAGUUUUACUCCGGUCACCGCUCCCCACACAUUCCGUUCCGGCUGCUGCACCUGGUGUGGACGCACGCGCGCCACCUGGCCGGCUACGAGCAGCAGGACGCCCACGAGUUCCUCAUCGCCGCGCUGGACGUGCUGCAUCGCCACUGCAAAGGUGACGGUCACCAAGGCGACGACAAUGGGAAAAAGGCCAACAAUCCAAACCACUGCAACUGCAUCAUCGACCAGAUCUUCACUGGGGGGCUGCAAUCUGACGUCACCUGCCAAGUCUGCCAAGGUGUCUCCACCACUAUAGACCCGUUUUGGGACAUCAGUCUGGACCUGCCCGGCUCCUCCACCCCCUUCUGGCCCCUCAGUCCGGGCGGCGACGGCGGCAUCGUCAACGGAGAGGGUCAUGUGACCGGCCCCACCACGCUCACAGACUGUCUACGAAGGUUCACCCGGCCAGAGCAUUUAGGAAGCAGUGCCAAAAUCAAGUGCAGCGGUUGCCAUAGUUACCAGGAAUCAACCAAACAGCUGACAAUGAAGAAGCUUCCCAUCGUGGCCUGUUUCCAUCUGAAAAGGUUUGAGCACUCUGCGAAAUUGAGGAAGAAGAUCAGCACGUACGUGUCCUUCCCCCUGGAGCUGGACAUGACCCCCUUCAUGGCCUCCAGUAAAGACAGCCGGAUGAACGGACAGUACCAGCAGUCGGUGGACACGUUAAACAACGACAAUAAGUAUUCCCUGUUUGCGGUGGUGAAUCACCAGGGCACCCUGGAGAGCGGCCAUUACACCACCUUCAUACGGCAGCACAAGGACCAGUGGUUCAAGUGCGACGACGCCGUCAUCACCAAGGCCAGCAUCAAGGACGUCCUGGACAGCGAAGGGUAUCUAUUGUUCUAUCACAAGCAGUUCCUUGAGUAUGAGUAGAAGAGCAUCCUCCUGCUCUUCCUCCUCCUCCUCCUCCUCCUUCGCGACCCUGAAGUAAAGACAGAAAUUCAAGAGACUGGAGAGAGCGUGUGUGUGGGAGGAGCGAAAUCAACACAAAAACUCUACAGAGGAUUUAAAAAACAAAAACAAAAUAAUGAUACACAGCCUACCUGAGAACUUUACUAUUAACGAGAAAUUAAUAUGGGAAAAGAAAAGAAAACCUAAUCAUGCAAAAAAAAAAAAAAGAAAAGAUAAAAUAAAAUUCUAUCUAUAUAUAUAAGCAAAAUCAGUCGGCACUGAACUACCAGCAUCUGCUACUACUUGACAGGAGAGCAACGGAACAGGAACAGGAAGUGAUGAAGGCACAGGAUGAUUCCGUUGCGGGCGGGGGGCGGGGUCAGGAGGACGAAGAGGGGGAGGAGCUUUGUUACUUUCACCUUCCUGCCCGGAGCAGAGAGUCCAACGGACGAACGGACAGACGGCAGAGAUUUGGACAACCUGACCCACUGGUGUCACUCUGACCCCCCCUAUGUCUGCAAGUGCUGGAAGACUCUUCUUUUUAUUUUAUUUUUUUACCGCCCCCCCCCACCCCCUGCCACUGUCAGUUGUUUUCUCAUAUGCACAUGGGUCUGAAUGCAAACAAAAAAAAAGAAAAAAACACAAAGGAAAAAAAAAAAGAAAACGACACACACAGAACACAAUGGUAUUAAGAACUUGUUUAUUAUACAUUUAACGAUAAUUAUUAUUUGUGGAUUAUUUGGUUAUGGAAUACUGUAUGAAUUCUAGUACACAUCUAUUUUUUAAGAAAAAAAAAAAA